UAUAUUGGUAACUAAACGCCAAAACUUUUUUUAAUGGGUGCGUGCAUUUGUGUUGUCCGGUGUUUGAAGACGCUUUGAAUUCGCUUUCAAUUUCUUCGUAGGAAAAAUGUCGGGUGAUACCGAUAAAGCGAAAAUCAGUGACAAUCAGGAUGAAGACAAGAAGUCCACAGCCGGCGAUGGGCAUACAACAGAAGACGAGUCAUCCCAAGACUCCAAGGGUGAGUGCCCGGUCCCUGACCAGGCCGCAGGUAACACCGAUGUAGAUCAACCAAGCGACGCGCCCAAUAAAGAUACCCUUGAAGGCGACGCCAAAAGCACAACGGCUAAUGGGAAGGAAGAUGACGCGGGCGGAGACGACUCUAAGGACGAGAAAAGAGACGCGAAAGCAGAGGGUGAUGUAAAAAAGGAAGAAAAUGGUGAAACACACGAUGACGACGAGAAGGAUAACGUGAAAGAUAACAAGAGCACUAAAAAACCGCCCGCCAAGAAGAAGGCUAAGAAAGAGGAUACAGAAGAAGAAGACGAGGAUGAGGAGGAAGAAGAGGAGGAGGAUGAGGAGGGAGAGGAGGGUGACGAGGAGGGAGAUGAGGAAGAAAAGAAGCCCAAAGAAAAGGUAAAGAAGCCAGCAAAAAAAGCCAAAGAUGGCGACGAUGAGGGCGACGACGAGGAGGGCGACGAAGAGGGAGAAGAGGAGGAAGAAGAGGAGGAGGAGGAAGAGGAGGCUCCCAAACCUAAGCCCAAGAAAGAGCCCACGGAACCGCCUGUGCCGCUGCCUGCAGGCAAGGGCAUCCCACUUGGCCACAUCAGUAAUGUUGAGAUCUCACUCUCGCGCUUCAAGACCCAGGAUCAGAAGAUCCUUCAUCAGUUCCUAUACGGGCAAUUAUGCCUCGACCGCAACGUCAAGCGCAACAUCAAGAAGUUCCGCGGCUACGAGUGGGCGAUAGGCUCCGCCGAGUACAAGGCCAAGCUCGAGGAGACCUCCAAGAUGGAGCCCAAGCAAGUGCGCACUAUGUGCGAGAUGCUGGACUUGGACAAAAAAGGCUCGGGUGCGGAGCUGGCGGCGCGGCUGGUGGGCUUCCUGCAGCAGCCCGUGAACAACUCCGUGCACGCGCGGGGCGUGGCGCGCGCGCCGCCCGCCGCCGCCGCCGCGCCCGGCGGCCGCCCGCGCCGCUCCGCCGCCGCCAAGGUGCACAACCGAGGCUAUUCCGAUGAGGAGUAUGAGACUGACCCGGAGACGAAAGUCAAGGGUCCCAAACCAGCUAAGGAUGGCUCAGAAGAUUCAGAUGGUUCGUUCAACCCGAGCGGGUCCGAGGAGGCGGACUCGGACUUCGACCCCGAGGGCGGUGAGAGCGCGGGCGGCGCCACGCGCAAGCGCAAGAGCACCGGCCGCCGCCGCUCCAGCGGCAAGCCGGCCAAGCGCGGCAAGCGCCAGCGAGGCAAGCCGGCCAAGGGUAAGAAGGGUCGCGCGGCAAAGCGGGCACGCUCUGAAAGCGAGGAAGAGAGCGAAAAGUCCGAGAGCGAAAACGAGUCAGAGUCCGGCGGCGGCAGCGACGGAGAGGAAUCCGAUGAGCCAAAGUCCAAGCGCGGCCGGCCGGCGGCCAAGGGUCGUAAGGGAGUCGUCGCUAAGAACGCUAAGGCGACGCCGGUCAAACGAAAAGCGCCUACGCCACCAGCCAAGAAGAAGCCAGCGGGCAAGGCGGCGGGCCGACCGGCCAAAAAGCCAAACAAGAAGGCCGCGUCUUCUGAAGAGGAGUCCGGGGAGGGGAGUGAGGAGGAGGAGGGUAGCGAGGAGGAGAGCGCGGGAGACAGCGACGCGCCCGUCGACAAGAAGAAGCGCCCGCCCACGGACGAUGAGAUCAAGAAGUACGUGAAGCAAAUCCUCGAGGGAGCUAACCUCGAGCAGAUCACGAUGAAGACCGUGUGCAAGCAGGUGUACAGCCACUACCCCGACUUCGACCUGGCGCACAAGAAGGACUUCAUCAAGGCCACAGUCAAGUCGCUCAUCUCUUCGUGAGCAGUGAGUACUCGGCCGCAAACACAUUCAUAGAAGUAAGGUACACCACUUAAACCUAGACUAAUGCCGCGCCGCGGCCCCGCUCGUGCUCGCACCGGGGCUAUUCUAACAUAAACUUUCUGUCAAAUUAUCGCCUGUAUCGGGUAUAUUACAUCCACCUUUCCUAUGCAUGCUCAUUCUGUCACAUUAGUGUCAAUUUCGCACUUUGGGCGUGUCUAUAAAUGGGUUACCCUGAAGAAAAUGGACAACUUUUAAAACAAUUUGAAUACUCUCAUUCGGUAUUUUCCCUCGCUUGCCAGGAUUGAUUUACGGCAAUUUUUAGAGGUAAUGAAAUAAACAGUCCAUGUAUAUGUGUCCAAUGUCAGUGAAUAUACUUAUCUCCCGUAUAGUAUUAGAUAAAAUGUAAAUGAAUGGUCUAUACAUGACUAAAACGAUGAAGUUUGUCCAUUUUUAACCUGGCCUCGAAUACCCCGCGUUCGCCCGGGCAGCGUCGCGGCGCGGGCCUAUGUAAUUUUAUGUUCUAGGAAUAAUUUCCACUAGAAAUAAGUAUAACGAAAUAAGCAGCUCUAAGUUUUUACAUCUUGUUUUCAAUGACUUGUAAUUAUUGUGGUGUUUUGUUUACGCCGUUCACUGUUUUGUUGAUUAUUGUAAGUGAAACUGCCCAGUCGGCGUUAAGCUCCACAAAAAUAGAUAUCCACUACGUUUUUGACCACAUCCAGAAGAAAAAUAGCAUUUUGGGACCAUUUUAAGUUAUGACCUUAACGCGCGAGAUAUCUAAGUCACUCAUUUAAGUACUUUUUAUUUUUUACAUCGAAAACAUUGUACAAAGUUCAGAAAUCCCAAUUUGUCUUUAAGUUAAAAGUUGUUGAUUGGUUUUUAUGAAAAAAUAUCUCUCGGAACGUAAGUUUAUUUUUUUAAUACGAACGUAGAUUUAAUGUCGAAAUUUUUCGCAGUCUCACACUAUCGCAAAAGUAAAACUAUUUGGGCUAAGAAUUGAUUAAGUGUACUUUUAGUAUGUGUAAAUAUACACAAUGGUUUGGGACGUGUGAUUAAAUAUAUUAUGUAAUCUGAACGUAGUAUGUCAUAUCUAAGAAGAACUCGCUAUUAUAUUGGAUAUUUAAAGUCAGAAAAUAUUUUGGCCUUGACUUUACCUGAAAUUCGUCAGUCUAGACGGAAUUUAUAACAAUACAGUAUAAGAUAUCUAAAUGAAUUUAUGCUUUCGAGUCCCGUCGCCGUCUCGAUCAUGUAUUUACACCGUGAAUAUAACAUUGACAUUUACUAAUCACUGUCCACUAUGAAAUAUAGUGUUGACAUGCAUCUUAAAAUCGAUCGCGGUAUGAUUUAUUUAAGUUUGUCAAAUAAUUAGUACAAUAAUGUUAUAAGUAGAAACUUGUAAACGGAACGUUUCUAACCGGGGACUCGGCGCAGAGCUACUGAGUGUACAAUAUAGUUCACAGUUUAUAAAGCUACAGUUGCAAGUGAAAAGGCGGUGCGCUUCUAUGGUGUUGUACACAGAAAUGUGUAGUUUUGUAGAGUGUGGAGUUGUUUAAGCGCGUCGCGUCCCCGGCGUUCGCUGGAUGUUAUGUAAUCGCCUACGAGUACACUGCGGUGUGCUGCAGUCUCGCUUCGUGUUAUGUUGGGUGCUCCAGCAGUAGAUGUGUGUGGCCGACGUCGCUCCGCGGGUGUAGCCGUGCGGCCGCUCCGGGACGCCCACAUGGUGAUAUAGAGAGGACGACUCUAUGGGACCUCUCUAUACUACGAUGUACUGGACGAUCCCACUUCUGUUAUUUUUUCCCGCCUCCCGGCGCGCUCGCACCCCUAUUAUUAAGCUAGCUCUAAACGACAUUAAAGGUGUAACUGUGAAUUUUUAACCUUAUUUGGUUGACGUUUUUUUUGUGUAAAUGGCUGAUCUGUAGCGCAGUAGUGACACGGUGUGAGCGAGCGACUGGUUCCCUUUUACAAUUGGAUUAUAGAUAAUAAAGUAAAUAAAAAGUUUGA